AUGGAUAAGAUUAAUAAAUUGGUGGAAUGGGCUAAGACCGAUGGUGCCGGAAUAUCUGAUAAUAUUGAAUUCACACAAUUUGACAAAUCCAAUUUUGGUGCAAAAUCUACAAAUACAUCAAAAGCAUCUAUACAAAUUCCUCGAAAGUUGAUAAUUACUUGUGAUUUAGCAAAAUCAUUAUUUGGUGAAAAAGUAUGUAAUGAAAGCAAGAAUCAUGGGGCAUUAUUGAAAUUGUAUUUAUGUUAUGAGAGACUACAUUCAAAUUCAUUUUAUAAACCAUAUUUCGAUAUACUACCUGAUUUACAAGAAAUAGGUUCACCAUAUACUUGGUCUCCAGAAGAAAAAUCUUAUAUUCAGGGAACAAACUUAGGUAACUCAUUAAAUGAAAAUUUACAAGCAUUAAUAGAAGAAUGGUGGAGUGUUAUUAAUCUUCUACCGGAAUCAAUCAACAAACCUGAAGAACAUUUUAUAAAUAUGAAAUUUUACUAUGAAUAUAAAUUUUAUAAAGAUCAAGAUUUUUUUGAUUAUUUUAAUAAUUCAAAUCCUCAAAAUUGGACUAGUUUUCCAAAUUAUUUAUGGUCAUCUUUAAUUUUUAAAAGUAGAUCAUUUCCAACAUAUAUCAUUGACAAAACAGUACCGAAAAAUGAACUGAUGUUAUUACCUGUAGUAGAUAUGUUAAAUCAUAAUCCAAAAGCAAAAGUUCAAUGGACUUGUAAUAAUGAAUCAUUUGUGUUUGAAACAGAUUCGGUAAUACCAAAUGGUGAAGAAAUAUUUAAUAAUUAUGGAAUGAAAGGUAAUGAAGAAUUGUUACUAGCUUAUGGAUUUGCAAUUGAAAAUAAUGUUGCUGAUUCAGUUGCUUUAAAGAUCAAAGUACCUGAAUCAAGUUUAAAAAUUUUAAAAGAAUUGGAUGUGAAGUUACCAACGAUAGAUGACUAUACUAAUUCAAUAGUCGGUGAAACUGAGUCAAAUAAAGAAAAUUAUGAAAAUGGUAUUUUGUUUUUCAUAAAUUCAGACAAUAUCCCCGAAAACCUCAUACAAGUCUUUCAAGUACUAGUACAAAAUCCUUGGGAAAAAGGUGAAAUUACACUACGCAUGAAAUUCGCUGGUUUGAAUCAUUUAAGAGCAGCAUUAGAAGUGAAAAAGAAUAUGUUGAGGUUAGAUGUACCAAUCGUAAAAUCAUUAAGGUACAACUACAUCAAAUGGUACGUUGAUUCACAAAAUAAAAUAUUUACAUCAGCUAUAAAAGACAUUAAAAGACAAGAAAAGCAAUUAUUAACAGAAUCAAAAUCAAAUUUAAUCACUUUAAAAAAUGUAUACAAAAAGGAUACAAGAUUUCAACAAUCAUUAUUAUUUUUAGGAUUUGAUUCAUAUGAGAAAAUUUUAGAAUCUGAAUUUCAAGAUCAAUGUUGGCUAUUAUGGUUAAUACGUUGUUAUAAUAAAAAUUUAUAUAAAUCAAAUGAAGAAUUACCUGAUUGGAUUUUUAAAUUAUUUAAACAUUUACGUGAAACUAUUGAUAUUACCGGACAAGAAGUUUUAAAUUAUAAACCUGUAUUUGAUGCAAUUAUACCUGAUUUAGCAAGUGCAGUUCCUGAAAUUUAUGAUACCGGAGAAUGGACAAUUGGUGAAUUUAUAAUUGCAGGUAAAUUAUUAGAUUUAAUAUCAUUUACUAGAGGAAAAGAACAAGAAUGUAUAGUGGUAAAGCAGAACUACAAAGUUUGA